GUGGGAGAUGAGAGACAACUGGGUGUCAACACGGUGUGCAAGCGCUCAGACAGGAGACGAGGGUUUGUGGAUACUUUAAUAGAAUACUUUUUAUUCUCAAACACAUUUCAUUCAUGCUGUUGCUGGGAGAGGAGGAUGUGUCGCACUGAAGUUUACUCGGACUUUGAAAGCGCGCUGUGGGAAGUUUUCCCUGCUCGUGCUGCGGCUCUGGAAACAGCCUGGAGGACUUUUUAUGACACAGAAUGGCAAAGACAGAGCGCUUUACACCCGUGAUGCUUCACUUCUCUCUGUGCUUUAGUUUUAAAAGUGGCGCUGAAAGUUUACAACUGAUAGUGACGCGGCAGGUGAACACCAAGGCGCGAGAUCUGGACUUUAAUGUCACGAAAGGCGGCGUGAAAUGGUCCCGGCUGGACUCAGGAGCUGUGUGGAUAUAACUUGAACAAUAUUUGAAAGAACCUCGGUCCAACAUGAGAGCUCUACGUGUUGUGUGCGUCAUGCUCGCGCUGUGGAAGUCGAGUAUGAGCAACAGAAACUGUCCGGACCUGAUCGUUGACAGCUGUCACUGCUCGACGGAGAGGUCCAAGGAGCUGAGCCGGCAGCACGUCCGGGUCAAAGUGGUGUGUGAUGAUGUGGAUCUGAUGGACACCCUGCAGCCCAGUUUCUUGCCCAACAGAACCGUUUCCCUAAACCUGAGUAACAACAAGAUCUCCCUGCUUAGGAACAGCUCCUUCUAUGGCUUGGCUGCCCUGGAAAAACUGGACCUGAAGAAUAAUUUGAUAAGUACAGUGGAGCCUUGGGCCUUCCGCGGUCUGCUGGCUCUGAGGAGACUGGACCUGUCCAACAACAGGAUCGGCUGUCUCUCCCCUGAAAUGUUUCUUGAUCUGGGAAACCUCUCAAAAUUGAAUUUAGCCGGAAACAUCUUCUCAACUCUGACUGUCGGACUCUUCACACACCUUUUGGCUCUCAGAGUUCUGCACUUCAGCACUGAGACUUUGUUCUGCGACUGUCAGCUUAAGUGGCUUCUCCUCUGGGCUCGAAGCAACUCAGUGAGGAUCAGCAACGACACGGUGUGUGUGUUCCCCACCCACCUUCACGGACUUGAGUUUCGUAAUCUGCGUGAACAUCAGCUCAGUUGUGAUGGACCUCUGGAGAUGCCCCUCUUCCAGCUCAUCCCCUCCCAGAGACAGCUGGUGUUUCGUGGAGACCGCCUCCCCCUGCAGUGCACCGCCUCCUUUCUGGAUCGCUCGGUGGAGCUGCGGUGGCGUCACAACGGCCACAUUGUGACCACGCAAGAGGAGCAGGGCGUCUACGUGGAGGAAACCCUACUGCACGACUGCUGCCUGCUGACCAGCGAGGUCAUCCUCUCAAACAUCGACGUGGGUGUCGCUGGCAUCUGGGAGUGCCUGGUGACCAGUUCCCGUGGCAACACCACUCAGCAGAUGGAGAUAGUUGUCGUGGAGACAUCAGCGCCAUACUGUCCCACUGACAGAGUCACCAACAAUAAGGGAGACUUUAGGUGGCCAAAGACGUUAGCUGGCAUCCUGGCCUUCCUGCCCUGUGCUCCUGCCACCUUUGGCUCCGCCCCUCACCCCUCUGGCAAUGCUCCUCACCCCCCGGGUCAAAGGGAGAAGAAGGCGUGGCGGCGCUGUGAUCGAGGCGGUCGAUGGGCGGAGGAUGACUACACUCAGUGUCCGUAUGCCAGCGAGCUGACCCGCCUGCUGCAUGAGCUCACACAGAUAACCAUCAACACAACCAAUGCUCAACCUCUAGGUCAGCAGUUGGUGGCCUUCACCAGCAGGGCGGCGCACUUCAGUGAUGUCAUGGAUGUCAUCUUUGUCACACACCUGGUGGAGAGGCUGACGAGGCUUGUGGAGAAACGGAGAGAUCUCGGAGACUAUAUAUCCGACAUAGCUAGUAACAUGAUGCUGGUGGAGGAGCAUAUCCUGUGGAUGGCGCAGAAUGAGGCCCGAGCGUGCACGCGCAUCGUCCAGUGUGUGGAGCGGAUUGCUGACCUGGCACUGACCGGGGACAACCAGGUCAUUUCUAAGGUAUCUGCUAAUAUAGCUUUAGAGGCCUUUCUGAUCCGGCCCUCCAACUUUCUUGGGUUGUCCUGCACGGCACUUCAGCGUCCCUCUUCAUCAGCUACCUCGCCUCUCCCUGACAGCCACUUCCACAGUGACAAGGACACGAGCAGGGAUCGUGACGCUGAGGAAGAGUCGUUGCUCAACUUUAAAUGCCACACUGUCAACAGCAGCGGCUCACCGGCCAGCCAGCUCAGCAAGAACUCUGUGGCAGUCGCCUCAAUCCAUUUACCGCUGGCUGGUACGCCUAUCUCCUCCUCUGCGCUGCAAUCUGUUGAUAACUCCACUUGCAGGCUGCAGUUUAUUGUGUUUCGCAAUGGGAAACUCUUUCCUUGCACGGGGAAUUCGUCAAAUCUCGCAGACGAUGGAAAGCGUAGGAGCGUUUCAACACCAGUUGCAUUCACCAAAUUAGAUGGGUGCAGCCUCGGGAGCGCUGUGCACUCCGUUACUAUCGCUCUGAGGCACUUCGCUCUGGGUGUAGACCCUACCGCAGCCUACUGGGAUUUUGACCUACUGGAUGGACACGGUGGCUGGAGGGCAGAGGGCUGCCACAUAACAGGCUCCGGGGGCAACACGACCACCAUUCAUUGCACCCAUCAUAAUAACUUUGCUGUGCUAAUGGAUCUGAAGAAGGUGCUGUCUUUCCCCCCUUACCCUGGGGAGUUCUUGCACCCGGUUGUGUAUGCCUGCACGGCGGUCAUGUUGCUCUGCCUCUUCGCCUCCAUCAUCACGUACAUAGUGCACCACAGCGCAAUCCGCAUCAGUCGGAAAGGAUGGCAUAUGCUUCUCAACUUCUGCUUCCACACGGCCCUGACCUUUGCUGUGUUUGCCGGCGGCAUCAAUCGAAUCAAAUACCCCAUCAUCUGUCAAGCCGUCGGGGUCGUGCUGCACUACUCGUCUCUGUCGACCAUGCUGUGGCUCGGGGUGACGGCCAGGAACAUUUACAAGCAGGUGACCAAGAAGCCUCCGCAGAGCCAAGAUGGUGACCCACCUCCGCCCCCUAAACAGCCUCUGUUAAGAUUUUAUUUAGUCAGCGGUGGAGUGCCCCUCAUCAUCUGUGGGGUCACAGCAGCCGUCAAUAUAGACAACUAUGGCAGUGGGGAGCAAGCACUAUACUGCUGGAUGGCAUGGGAGCCCAGUCUGGGUGCCUUCUUUGGUCCUGUUGCAUUCAUCUUCCUUGUAACCUGCGUCUACUUCCUCUGCACCUUCAUCCAACUGCGAAAACAUCCAGAGAAGAAGUAUGAGCUGAAGCAGCUGACGGAGGAGCAGCAGAGGUUGGCUGCCAUCGACGUGCCGACCCACUGCCAUCAAGGAGCGGAGCCUGGCGCUCUGGCAGCCCCAUCCACCGGGGGUCACUGCCCUGCUGGCUGCCCAGGUGUACCCAUCAAUCCUGCACUGCUGGCCAAUGAGCACUCCUUCAAGGCUCAGUUACGGACCGCAGCCUUCACCCUCUUCCUGUUCCUGGCCACCUGGACAUUUGGGGCGCUUGCUGUGUCUCAGGGCCACUUCCUGGACAUGAUCUUCAGCUGCCUUUAUGGUGCCUUCUCCGUCACCCUUGGCCUCUUUGUCCUCAUCCAUCACUGUGCCAAGCGGGAUGAUGUCUGGCAUUGCUGGUGUUCCUGUUGCCCUGGACGACAGGAAAAUGCCUGCUCUGGUGCCCACGGUCCUGCUCAGGCUCGGCCUAAGGUCAACGUGAACGGAGAUACUCCUGGGCAUGGCCACGGUCACAGCCACUGCCACCAUGACUCCCCAUGUCCGGGUAAAGCCCUGAUCAGCUGCACUCACGGUAGUAUGGGUCACUGCAAACACGCCACUCUUCCAUCCUCACAAAACCAUGUUACGUGUCUGGCACCUGUGACGCCCUGUUGUGCUGCCCUGCACAGCCAGCAGCUGAUGGAAGAGGAGCCUGCAGCCACACAUGUGCUGCUACAUCCUGACCCAGAGGGUUAUCGACCUGGGAUUCAGCUGCACCCCUGCUUAAAGAGCAGCACCAGGACUAAAAGCCGUAGCAUUGGGCGCCGGGCUGGAGCAGCUACCUGUGGAGCUGGGAGUGAGAGGGAGUAUGCCUAUCACAUCCCUUCCAGUGGGGAUGGAGGUAGCGUUCACAGCUCACACACUGACAGCCCACACAGCACACAUGAGCGCCAUGCCCACAUCUGUCCACAUCUGGCUCAUGAAGGCCACCAUGAUGGGCAUCACACAUGCCAUGCUGCUGCCGCCACCACACACGAGGCCCUGGCAUGCCAUCACCCCUGCCACAGGCACAUUUGCUGUGCCAAGGCAGACCUUUUCCCCUCCCUGUGCCCGGCAGAGGCAGGCGACACGGGUGUCUUCCUGUGUGGCUGCGGCAAAGUUGCGGAGCCAGACCCAAUGGCGACACAUUGCCAUCUGGAGAUGCACGCACCGCGCAGACAAUCCUACCCCCAAAACCCUCCCAAUCAGAAUGGGAUUCUAAAAGGGGGGCUACACGAAGGACUUCUGUAUGCCUCGGACAGCACAGGGAAUAUACGCACUGGACCUUGGAAGAAUGAAACUACUGUGUAGUGUGGGAUAUACAAACAGCCCCCUGCCUCGUCCCGCCAAAAACAAACUUUGGCCUCCCCUUUCUAGAAGUAAAAAAAAAUGAAUUGAACUACAUUUUAAUUAUCACAAUCAGCGUGGGAUAUUUUUAUUUCAAUGUCCUCAUGUUUUUACGUGUGCUGUUUCACUGUACAGAAAUCUGAUAUCAUGUAAAUCCACACUCAGAACAGAAUCUCUUUGACCAAGAAAAACCCGUGACACAUUUGUUACAUCAUACUGUCAGACAUUAUUGAAGGUAACUCAACUUUUCCAUAGAACUAAGCUCUCUAUAUAUAUAUACAAGAAAAUGAAUGGUUGUAUGUUUGAAUCUGUGUGUUAGUGCUCAAAGGCAACACGCUGCAAGAUUUUUUUACACUUUGAACCCUUCCAUCAAAUAGUCUCAGAUGAUAGAGACCUCCCAUACCUAUCAAGAACUCUUGGCAUCCAUGUUUUUAGAUGACUUAACCAGCAAUUUCAGACUUCAUGGGUAUUUUUGCCAUUCAGUCCCAGUCAUGCAACUGUGAAUAUCUACUAGAGAUUUUCUGAAUUAUAUACAAAACUGUCUCCGGUGUGUGGAUGCCAGGUAACUUGUGGAAAUUCAUAGCAACAGAAAAAGUAAAGUGAAACCAACAUCCUCUUCUUGGUUGAUAUUGAUUGUGCUGUCUGUAUGAUACAUUUACUGUUGUGUUCUUUUGUUUUUCUUUUUUUUGGAAAAAAAAAAAAAGUCAAUAACAGCAGCAUCCACAGCAACACAUGGCCAUGGUGAGUAGAGAAUUGGUGGCAAUAAGCCAUUGGAACUAGUGUGGUUUUUCAUUGAAGAGGAACUCCUGUAUUUUCCAACCUGGGCCCUAUUAUUUAUUUAUCCCUGGGUCUAAAUGACGAAUAGGAAUAAGAAGUUUUGAAACUGCUCCUGUAGAUUGGUUCAGCUGGUAGCUGUGGAACAGGCUGUAGUGGUUACAAGUCAUACUUGGCGGUUAAUGUGCCCGAUCAAAGUACGACACAAAAAGUGCUUGUUUUUGCCACAGACAGGUUUAAAAAUGUUGUUCUAGGAUCCUUUUUGUAUCCACAUAAGGUCUUUACAUCACUCUCUCCACAGUCAAAAAAAUCCAAUUUAUUAUUUAUUGUAACUCUCCACCCGUUCUUUCAUAAGAGUUUCUUGUCUGCUACUAGUUUUAACGAUUAGUUUGUUUGUGACAUCAGAUAGAGUAUUGGUUUUCAAUAGUUUGUUCUUAUCCCACACACAAACACAAAUCACUACUGCUUUCUGCUGUUAUUGUCAAUGGAGUCCUGUAGAUUUUAAGAGUUAAUGUAACCACUGAUUCAGGUUUCAAAGAUAGCAUCCUAAGGUGCUUUCACACCUGUAGCUCAUUUGCUUUGUUCAGAUUCAGUAAAGUGGGCCAAACACACACCCUCAUAGGGCUGUCCUUACGUCAUAGCAUCCUUUCCCCCCUGCAUAGGUAAACAAAUGCCCUUGUGGGAAGCUGACUCCAAGACACCAACUAACAAUAGUCAGUUAACCUUCCAACAAAAAGAGUUGGGGGUUAACUUGAAGCAGUGAGGAGGUCAAAUGCCUCACUGACAUUUGGAUAGAUCAGUACAUUUUGUUAAAUGUUGGACACCUAACAAAAAUACAGAAGUUUAAAAACUUGUGAGUCAUUGCUUGAGCAAGAGGGACUUUUAUCACUAUGCCGAGAAAAGUUGCAUGAAGGCCAAGAAACUCCAUCAGCGGUAUGUAAAGGUUAGCAAAAGUGGUAGUCCCAGUGAUAAGAAUAAAUUACCUUCAUUGGACGAUCUGGACAAAUUCUCAGAUCUAAAUCGUUUUCUGAACCAGUAGGUGUCGUGUUGGUGUCAGCCUGUUGCUAGUGUAAGUAGUGUAAUGAGCCAAGCAGCUAGUUGUUCCGGUUGCUGGGUGGAUUGCGUGCUCACUGCAACUGAACUGUUCCAGGGUUCGAUUGAAAGAAAGCCGACACAACCUCUUAUAGGCGAUCUGGCCUUGCUUGUUUUGUCCCGCAUCACAGUGCGAUUGCUGUGUUCACAUGUUCAAACAAUUCAUGCCCACUUCACAUUUUGAAAUAAGUUCUCCAAACAAUCCAAGUGUGAAAGCAUCCUUACUCUGUUAAAAAAGAAGUAUGUCUCUGUUGGAAUUGCUGCAGUAAUUUUGAACAACAACUUGAGUCUGGCGCUUUAAGUUGUUUUUUGUGCUGGUUUAAGGCUGAUUUAUACGUCUGCGUCUCCCCUACGCAGCAGUGGCUGACGCGGACAUGAGCACCACAUACUUGUGCGUCGAUGUGUCCGUGUCGCGCAGCAAUUCUCCGCCGAAACGCAUGAGGGCAGUGUGGUCUCUCUGAUAGCCGGUCGCCUGCUUCCGGUCCCGCUACGAUCUCUGUUUACUUUUCCACCGAGAUUCAGAGUGUGUAAUGUUAAUCAACAGCUGAUACAUGUUGCUGUUUAUCAUACAGACAUGAUUACAUGAAGAAUAGAGAGGAGGAGAUGAAAUACACAGUCGAUGUGCGGCCGAUGUCCGGGAUCCCGGAAGUGCUGUAAAUGCGGGAAAGACAAAGCCACCGAGCGGACCAAUCACAGGGCUUGCGGUCCGCGUCGGCUCUACUGGGAGUUACAUUUUGGAGGAGGUGCAUGUCAGCUACGUGCGAAGGCCUCGGCGUAGGUACGGGAGCUACGCGGACCCCCAGCGUAGGGUACGCCGUUGAUUUAACGCAGAAGUAUAAAUCAGCCUUUAGCCUCAAGGAUGACAUUGCAACCAUUAUAACUUGUUUCCCAACUGCUGGUUGAAGACACCCACUGGAGCAAUUACAAAUCUUCCUCUCAUUACGGCUCUAAAAUGACAAAAAAUAAAAUAAAAUAGGGUCCAGCUUCAUUAAUACCAAGCAAACCUUUAAAAACUGUCACAUAGAUCCAGGUUCUUACAGUGAGUUUAUUGCCAAACCAGUGUGCAGGAUUGUAUCCACUUAAACACAGCCGACAGCAUGUGCUAUGAAACAUGAUGAAAUCAACUAACUGUAUGAUUCUGUGUAAAGCUCAACAUAUCAGGAGGAAAAGAGUGUGAAUUUUAUUAAAGAAGAAACAACAAGAUGAUUUGGAAAUCUCCCUAUAACCAAUGUAGUAUUAUUUUGGUAACACUUACCAAACCUUAUCCACAGUAAGGUAAAUGACACAUGGCAGAAUUUGGUGUCAAUGCAAUCUUAUUAUGUUUUAUGUGAUUUUAAUUUGUCUCUAAAAAGAUCCCCACAGCAGGCAUGCCUUGCUGUAUGUAGCUGCGUGCCAUGAUCAAAGAUUUUUAAUGAAUGCCCGUCCAUGAACAUACUAUUUGCCUCAACCCCCGGCGACUGCUGCAGCCUGCCAUGUAUCAGUUUUGUCACACUCUUGGAUUAAGCCUAGUCCCCAACAAAUACUGCAUUAUUUCUCACUGCUUAUCUGCGUUUGACAAGACUUUAAUCUAAGGUUUACCCCAGAAUCCAGUCCAGAAAAUCGUAAUGCCAUUGGUUCUGCUUUUGUAGAUAACUUGCUUUUGGAGAGGCCAAGGUUGAAGUGUGGAUGUAUUUUCUUUCUUACUUUUUUUUUUACCAUGAAGGUCAAAUUCUCUUUGAAGAGUUGCCCCUCAAAAGAGAAAGCUCUGUAUUGAUUUAGAAGCACUUGUUUGUUUUAGGAAUGAUGAUAUUGAGUAUGAUACUCAGUCGUACAUUUCAUCAGAAAAGCCAAACUUCAGGCAGAGCGUAUAAUCUCACAGCAAACCACCUUGGCAUGCACACCUCCUCUUUCUCCUCCAUCCUGCGCACUCUUGUCUGUGUAUAUAGGAUCUGUUUCUGAUGAAUUAUUUUAUAUGAGAUUUAAGAUAUUUAAGAAUAAAAUAAGUCUAUAUGUAAAGAAAGUUGUAUUGGGGAAAAAAAAGCUGACCUCUAAUUGUUAAUACUCAGUAUCUGAGUUUAGAAAUGUCCUUUUUGUUUUCAAAGGCCUUUUCUGUUGCAGUUUUAGUUGAAGUAUGCAGACUUGCGGUGUGUUGUGAGACUUAUCCUGUCAUAUCAGAAAUAGAAAUGCACUACCCAUUAUAAUGUUUGGCCUGCCAGAGUAGAAUAUGUCACUUACAGUACCUUUAUUAAAGAAAUGUUUGUUGGGACAGAAGUAAUUGAAUGAAAAAGUGACUUCUGCAGAGAAGUAAGAGAGGAAUAUUGAACUCCCUUUAUUAGGAUGGCAGGUUUGGCCCUGGUACACAUGAUGCAUGAAGCUCAUGGCUUUGCACAGGGCCACUGGAGUUAUUUCCAAGUCUGAGGAAAAAAAUGUAAUAUAAUUGUUUUUACUUUCUGUUUUAAAACCGUGGCAGACAAAUGGUAACACAAAGUGGGCUCCUUUGAGUGACAGAAGAUGCUGGCAGUCAGUGGUCCUGGCUUUUUAGUUCACAGAAAGGGAUUUGUAACAGUAUCACAACAAAAGAUUGAAAAACCAGCCUCUCCUGCUAAACCCACAUGAACCUGAAAAAACAUUGGUGUAGAUUAUUUGCUGUACAACAUGUGUUUUUGCUGGUGGUGUGUUUUUAGGAGCAGCCUGAGCUUCUCAGUGAUGUUUGGUAACACAGGCCACCGUAGGCCAACUUAUCUGUUGUCAUCAGUAGCAGAUGUACUGCCUCUCUAAACGAGCUUGCUGACCAGAUGGCUGCUGAAAUACUCACCUGUGGUACUGUGACAAAACCUAAAGCCAGUUUUCACUUUUUUCUACAUUGACACAGAUUCCAAUAAAUGUAUUUUUUCACCAUGCAA